GAAUGCAGAAUGCUCCUGGUGGCGUUACCUUACGGGCGCAUCGAUUGCACCGAUUGCUGCUCACGAUUCUCCCUUGAUUCUCCCUUAUAAAAAGGUUCAAUACCACUGGAGUGGGGGUGGUGGAACUGUGGAACAUUCCCUAUUCUAUGGAAGGAUGGAAGAUAACCAGUAAAAGACGUGAAGAUGAAGAGCGGGGGAACGUGUUGCUACGGCAAAUGAAAUGGCGAAGGGGUGGGUUGAAUUUUGAAAGGAUUAAAGAGCCCUCUGGGUUGUCAGUCUGUCGCGCUUUAAAGGGCUCGUUUUAAAUGGCGUUCUUGCUAGUUCUAUCGACGAAAAAAAACAAAGCAAAAAAAAUUCACCCAUUUUUUUGAGUCGAUAGAUAAAACGAAAAAAAAAAAUGAUGAUCAAGUGAGAAUAAAAGUUAAACAACACAUUUUGUGACUUGGAGAGACAGAAAUUUGUCGAUCGGCGAGAAUAUCAGUGGGUAAGAAUACAUCUUAUCCCCUCGUCGCAAUGUUUCGAUUGUUAUUCGAUGAGAAGCGUCCGUAAAAACAACAAUAAAACGAAAUAUAAAACAAAACUCGAGUGCAAGUGAAUAAAAUAAAAGUAGGAUUAGAAGGGAGAUUCAAAGAUCGUAUGAUAGGAGGCUAAAUGGCCCUUUUAUUUACAAGUAUGUGGGACUCGACAAUGUUCCUUAGUACUCUAACCCCAAAAUUUUAUGUAGCGCUUACGGGUACAUCGUCGUUAAUAUCGGGUUUAAUAUUGAUAUUCGAGUGGUGGUAUUUUCGAAAAUAUGGCACGUCUUUCAUCGAACAAGUAUCACUUAAUCACAUAUCACCGUGGAUCGGGGGUGGUGACAAUGGAACUGAAGGGAACAAUUCCAGUUUAAGCGGUGCGAACGCGUCGAGUCAACAAAACGUACCCGAGUGCAAAGUAUGGCGAAAUCCUAUAAAUCUUUUCCGUGGCGCCGAAUAUCAGAGAUUUUAUUGGGCGACGAACAAAGAGCCACUUACGUAUUAUGACAUGAAUCUCUCAGCGCAAGAUCAUCAGACAUUUUUCACUUGCGAAGGGGAUACGGGCAAAGCAGAGUAUGAAAUAAUGCAAACCGCUUGGCGAGAAAGAAAUCCAGUUGUUAGAAUCAAAGCUGCGCAUACAGCUUUGGAACGUAACCCAGAUUGUGCACCUGCCUAUAUUCUGCUGGCGGAAGAGGAGGCCACAACGAUAUUAGAGGCAGAAAAAAUACUUAAACAAGCAUUGAAAGUGGCAGAAAAUAAUUAUCGUAAAUCCCAAAAUACUCAGCAUCAAGGUACAACGGCGGAAGCCAUACAUCGCCGAGAUACCAAUGUGCUAAUAUAUAUUAGAAGAAGGUUAGCUAUGUGCGCCAGAAAACUUGGUAAAUUGAAAGAAGCAGUGAAGAUGUUUCGUGAUUUGACCAAAGAAGUUCCACCUAUCAUGAAUGUUUUGAACAUACAUGAGAAUCUCAUCGAAGCGCUUUUAGAGAUGCAAGCUUAUGCGGAUGUUCAAGCUGUUCUGGCCAAAUACGACGACAUUAGUUUACCUAAAUCAGCUACUAUAUGCUACACUGCAGCUCUUCUGAAGGCUCGUUUAGUGGCAGACAAAUUUUCACCUGAUAUAGCGAGCAAAAGGGGCUUGACAACGGCCGAGAUGUCAGCGGUCGAAGCAAUCCACAGAGCUGUUGAAUUCAAUCCUCACGUGCCCAAAUAUCUUCUGGAAAUGAAACCCUUGAUAUUGCCACCUGAACACGUUCUGAAAAGAGGCGAUUCCGAGGCCAUCGCUUAUGCAUUUUUUCAUCUAUCCCAUUGGAAACAAAUGGAGGGUGCUCUUAAUUUGCUUCAUUGUACUUGGGAGGGCACUUUCAGAAUGUUGCCAUAUCCUUUGGAGAGAGGCCACUUAUUUUAUCCUUAUCCAACUUGUACAGAGUGCGCUGAUCGUGAAUUAUUACCUUCAUUCCAUGACGUCAGCGUGUAUCCCAAGAAAGAAUUGCCAUUCUUCAUCCUAUUUACCGCUGGCUUAUGCUCGUUCACCGCGCUUCUGGCUCUUCUCACCCAUCAGUAUCCUGACACAAUGGGGGUUGUCGCUCGAGCUAUGAUAGCCUGGCUAUCUCUUCCAUUUUAUUACGUGCUGGACAAACUCGAGGCCAUCUUACCUUCGAAUCUAUUGCAACAACUCUCUAGAAUAUAAACUUAUUCCUAUGUAUAUGAAUGUGCAUAUAUCUGUAUACAUAUUUAUAAAUAUGUUUAUACAUGUAUAUGCACAUAUUUAUAUUCAUAUAUAUAUAUAUAUUUAUAAAUAUGAUCUCUCUAUAAUCACCACCUCAUGUGAUAUUCGUCAUUAAAAAUAACCAUGAAUCUCCCAUUCCCUCUUCCACAUUUACUUCCUUUCGUUCUGUGCUCCCAAAUAUUCGAAAUACUAUCACAAUACGUACUUCCUAUACUCUUUAUGAUUGACUGACUCUCGUGUAUUUAUAUAUAAAUAUAUAUAUUAGUACUCAUUGUUUAAUCGAUUACUGACGAUUAUGAUCAUACUAUGAGACCCAAUUAGCAUGAUAAUUCAAAAAAAAGCAGAUGUACAAAUAAAAAAAUGACAUAAUUAUGUUAA